AUGGGCAAGUUCACGAAGAAGAAGGGCUAUGGUGCAAGAAAGAGAAGAGACUUCACCAAAGGCAAUGGCAAUGGAAGGCUUUGCUUCAAAUGCAAGAGCCCCGAUCAUGUGGUGGCCAAUUGUCCACAUCUUGAUGAUGAUGAUGAUGAAAACAACAAUAAGAAGGACAAUAAUGAGAGGAAGGAGAAGAAGUCCAAGAAAAUGAGCUUUAAGAAGAACAAGAAGGGUGGUGGCUAUAUUGUCACGUGGGAUAGUGAUGCCGGUGAUGAUGAAGAUAGUGAUGAUGAGAAGGAGUUGGAGGCCAUGAAGAAGGCUUUCGGUGGUCUGUUCAUCCACCACAACCGACUCAAGCUCAAGUAUGAGUGA